CCAAGCCACCACGAGACUCCCAGACCCAGCAUGUUAUUGUCUUGGCGCCGCUCAAAGCUUUAGGAGUUUGGGGUGACCCCCGCGUAAGAGGGGGAGAGGGCGGUAUAAGUAGACGACGAGCCACUAGUCUUUUGCUGGUGCUGAGAGGCAGUACAUAGCUGUAGUGAGGAACACUGGAAGUGGUGUUUGAAGCAGAAAUCUGAGGAAGAAGUGAGACACACGCUGUAGCAAACAUCUCUGCUGGCACUGAACGUGUGGAUGACUUACAGAAGAUGUACUCUGACAGCUGGUGUUAUCUAGACAGCUCUCACGGAGAAAUUUUAAGAAAAAAUCAUUGCUGACAACGUUUCUCUUCAAUCAUGUUGACUUGAUCAUGGCAGUCUCUGCUGUGUCGCCCUCAGUCAUCUGCAUCUCGUAUAUCUAAUAUUUACGUUUGAAGUCUUGUAUAUAAUGAUAGAAUAUAAUUAUAUACAGGAAAUUAUGUAGACAGCUGAACUUUACCUCAAGUUUUCGAAAACUUGUCUGAAAAGAGGAGACUGCCUUGUGUGUUUUAUUGAACUACUUCCUCACAUAACACCAAGAGAUUGAACAGUUUUAGUUUACGGACAUAAUCUGUAUAAAACUAACGAAGUAAACAAAAGUUCUGGCGGCAAGAAUAGGACUACCCAAGACGCUGCCAGACCGCGUGUGAAGAGUAACACACAUAUGAAGGGAGGAAACAGUGCCACCAUCACAUCUGGUUGUUCUCCAUAAAUGACACACAGAAGAUUUGUUUAACAUUCUCCAGGAAGAGGCAGCUGUCACUGUGUCACUGAUCGAGAUAAAAGUAUUUACUCCGAAAUAACGUUGCGUGAGUGACCUAUGGGUUUAAUAAUUGUGGAUGUGACCUUGUUUACUUUAGGUCACCAAUCUGGUGGUUGACAAAAACUUACGUUCGGGUGUGACGCUCGUUGGUGAACAUUUAUGUGAAUGUCAACAAUUGUAGAAGGAAAUGAAUAGGUGUGUGCUGACAAACAUCUAGGGCAAGACGAGGCCCUGGUGUGGGAAAAAGUGAGUGGUCAAAUCUGUGUGUGGAGUGUGGUGAGAGGUCAAAUAUUUCAGAUUGUCGAGUAGAGUGUAGAAGAGUGGUGUGAGGUCAGAUAAUGUUAAGGACUCUGUGACUCAUAAUGGGUAAUAAUGACAAGUUUCUCAGUCCCCACCGCAUCGUGGGCAUCAGAGGCGACCGGAUAUUCUAUGUUCGAGAUACUGGCAUGUCUGUCCCUGGGUCAAGGAAAGAGUCAUUGGUAGAUGACAGUCUCUUCCAAGGGGUGACAGACUUCAUCACCAAGAAUCAAGAGAAUGGCCGCACCCUCACAUCCUACGACCUCAUCUCCAGGACGCUACACCAGCUGGCCCGAGAUGGUAACAGUGAGGUAUUGUCAUCAGCGCUGGCACGCCUCGGGGAACACGGCCGUCGACGAAUCAACAACCUGGACGGAGACAAGUUGUCUCCCCUCCACUAUGCUGCCCGAUAUGCCCAUGCCGACACAGUGAAAACUCUAAUACAUGCCGGCGCCAACGUUAAUAUCCGCGGAGAAGACAAGCUCACGCCUCUCCACUUUGCUGCCAGGUACCGCAAGCAAAUUAAACCAAACAGGAGACAUUCACCAGUUCCUCCCCCACCUAAAGAUGAUGAUGACACGGAAACUGAAGAAGUUGAAAAUUCCAAAGGAGAAGAAAAUCCUGACCUGACCAUCACUUCUAAUGAGUCGGAACGUGCGAUUGGCAUUGGAAGCAUUCCUGAAAACUCUGUCAUCAGGAUCCUGGUGGAAUGUGGUGCUGAUGUCAACGCUCGUGAUAUAUACGACCAGAUACCCUUGCAUUAUGCUGCAAUGAGAGGCAAUGAUCCCGCUGCCAGGGAUCUUCUUAAAUGUCCUCAUAUUCAAUAUGAGGCACGCGAUAAGCAGUUAAUGACUCCACUCUUUGUCUCUGCAACCUUUGGGUAUGUGGAUAUCAGCCGACGUCUUAUUCUAGCAGGAUCAAGCCUCUUCUCAAAGGAUGAAUCAGAACAAAUACCUUUGCACCGUGCUUCAAUGGAGGGCCACAUGGAAAUUAUUGAGUUACUGCUGACGUCUGCAUCAACAGAAGGUGGGGAGGUGGUGAAGCGCUUAGUGAGUGAGCGAGACAGUGAAGGCCAGACAUCACUUCAUCAUGCUGUCAACAAUGGUCACAUCCAGGUUGCUGCACGCUUGCUAGAUGCAGGCGCAGAUGUUGAUGCUGUGCGAGACACCCUGGCCACACCUCUUCAUGCUGCAGCUGCGGUUGGCGAUACAGACCUAAUUAAUUUGUUAUUGGAGAAUCAUGCACGGCUGGACAGUGUUGACUGUAACCAACAGACGCCUCUGCAUCGUGCCGCUGACCAUAACCAAUCAGCAGCUAUUAUCACCUUACUUGAGGCUGGGGCUAAAAUUGAAAGAAGAGACAAGGACUCCUUCACACCGCUGUUAGUUGCAGCGAGUGCAGGCCAUGCAGCAGCAGUGCAGACUCUUUUGGACCAUGAUGCUGAUGUGGAGGCAUUUGACAAGGAUGAUAAAACUGCUGUAUUUUGGUGUGCUGAGCAAGGCAAUGAAGAGGCUUUAGAGGUUCUUUUGAAUAACAUUCACUGCCAAGAACUGGUAGACGUGAGUGAUAGAUAUGAUAACUCACCAUUGCACGAGGCCGCAAAACACGGCUACAUGAUCAUCAUUAAUAAGCUACUAGAGGCAGGAUCUUUAGUAGACAAUAAGAAUGAAGAUGGGGAAACAGCACUUCAUGUGGCAGCUGAAGCAGGUCAUGUCAAAGUGGUGCGGGAAUUGAUUCAUCGCUACAAGUUUCUCCUCUCGGAUGAGAAUGAGGAAUCUAAUACACCUUUACACUUAGCCUGUUUACAAGGACAUACAGAUGUAGUACGGACUCUCCUGGAAGCAGGAGCAGCUGUGGAUGCCACAAACUCCUCUCUCUGGACACCACUUGACUGUGCAUCUGCCAAGGGUCAUGUCAUGUGUGUUCACCUGUUGCUUGAUUAUGACUCUCCAUUGGAUCCUCUUGAUAAGACAAAAACUACCCCCUUGCAAUUGGCAGCAAAAAAUGGCCAUGUAGCUGUCAUCCGACUUCUACUGGAGAGAGGAGCUUCACUGACUGCAUGUGAUACUUCAGGCAGGAAUGCCUUAGAGCUUGCUAUUGCUGCUGGCAAAAAGGAUGUUUGCAUGGCGAUCAUAAAGUCUUCUGAGUGGGAAACAAGCCUGAGGAAUGUGAGGAUAGACCACAGGGACCGAAGAAUCACUCCCUUCAGAAUGCUUAUCAAAAAAUUUCCAGAUGUUGCUGAGGCCGUGCUGGACAAGUGCACUACAACCAAUGGCAUGGAUUCAGAUGACAGAAGAUUUGCCGUAUCAUUUAAUUUUGAGCUUGUGGAUGACACGUAUACGACUUAUCAAUAUGGCAAUGACAUAGAUUCACUUGCUUCAAACUCAACCCUUGAAUCUCCAUUUGAUGAAGAUGGAUUUUUGUUAGACCAUGCAGAACCAUAUACAACUGAGGCAAGGGAACUUAAAGAGAACCAUCCAUUAAUGCUUAUGGUUAAAUACAAAAGGCUGAACCUGCUAGCUCACCCUGUCUCCAUCUCCCUCGUCAAGCACAAGUGGAUGAAGUAUGGCAGGUUUGUGUACUACUCAGUGCUGAUAUUCUACAUGGUCUUCCUCACCUUUCUUACUGGCUACAUCCUCACAGCAAGGGACUGGGCAUCAGUUGAGAAAAAGUUAAACAACUCCCUCAUGGUGCAGUCAGCAAAGGAGCAACAUUCUUGUGAGGCUUUAAAAGAUGAAGUGGACCUUACAGAUAGUGUCUUUGUGGUAGCAGGAAAAUGGGUGAUUAUCGUGAUGGCGGUUAUCAACAUUAUGCGGGAGAUGUUUCAGUUCUACCAGGGAUGUUGUAAUAGUCUUAUGGCACGUCUCAACUACAUUGGCUUGGAAAACCUUAUGGAGUGGUGCUGCUACAUUACCGCUGUGGUGCUGGUGUGGGACUUUAAUGACUGUUCCAUUAGACAGAAUUGGCAGUGGCAAGUUGGAGCAGCAUCAAUCUUUCUAGGAUGGAUGAAUCUACUGCUCUUUAUUCGCAAGUUUCCUUUUCUGGGAAUCUUCGUUGUCAUGUUUACCGAUAUCUUUGCCACCUUCCUCAAAUUCUUCACUGUCUUUUUACUUUUCAUUGUCGCUUUUGCUCUCGCCUUCUACACGGUGUUAAGAAAUCAAGAACCCUUCAGUACACCAGGCCAUGCACUCCUCAAGACAACAGUGAUGAUGAUUGGAGAGUUUGAGUACGAUACCAUUUUCAACGAAGAAAACCUCAUAUAUCCAGAAGUCACAUACACACUGUUUGUUGUCUUCCUGAUCCUGAUGUCCAUUCUGAUCAUGAACUUGCUGGUGGGUCUGGCAGUAGAUGACAUCAAAGCUGUACAAGAUCAGGCUAUUCUCAAGAGGCUUGCCAUGCAAACCCAGAUGGUGUUAGAUGUAGAAGUUCUAAUCCCAGAAACACUUAGAAGGAUCCAGGUUGUUGCCAAGAAAGAGGUUCAUCCUAAUGCUCGUCAUGGGCUAUUCUCCAGACUAUUUGGGGACUUCCAGCUCAUAAAAACCUUUGAUUUUGUUUUGGAUGAUGAACAGAUGAAUGAACAGGAGGCAAUGCGGCGUGACAUGACACACUUAAUAACAACAGUUGAAGAUCUUCAGUCACAGAACCAGCGUCUCCGGGCUCUCCUAAUUGCCCUCAUCAAUAUCAGUAAUAAUGGAAGUAAAGGGAAUUCAGAUCCUGAUGUAUCUAAAUAUGUGUGAAAGUUACUUAAAACUAUGUAUUUAUGAAUCACUGGGUUUGAGACGCAUGAGCAUGUUGAAGAGAAGGUAAAAUUGUUCUGCAUAUGUGGUACUGUUCUGUACUGAGAGGGUACCAAUACUACCAGAGGAUCUUAAAACUAUGUAUUCACAUUAAUUACUCUUCAGUAAAUGCAUCUAUAAGUAAGUUCUGCACAAGGUGACAGUGGUAAACAGUUUGAUAUAGAUUGUCUGUCUUUGCAAUCCUUAAAUACUUUUUCACGUCUGUCUGUUAGUUACAGUACUGAUUUCUUAAUGCCCCUUAAGUUUUCCAUUUAUUUCCUUUAUUACCUUUCACAAUUUCAAGGCUUGGCCAACACUUAACUGAAAGUGCAAUUUUUGCCCAGGAUUUGCCCUACAGUAUAGUACUCUACUGGCAUUCAAUUCAGGGGAAAUGCAUGGCAGCAAAAUACUCAAAGAGGGAAAAGAUGGGGAGAACCUCUGUUAAACACAUGUAAUGCUCUGUAUAUUGCCAACACAAGCAAUAUGCCACAUAACCUGAAACUCCACAAACUGGUAAAAUAAUAUGAACCUAAAGUUAAUUUAAAUAAAAUCAAAGUUUAGGAACUGAACGAGUGUAAGGGUCACACUUUACAUACUCUUACAGAUAUGCAGUAAACAAGACUAGCAUGCUAACUGGUGAACAAAAGUGUUACGAAAUCCACACCAAAUUAUUUACCUCUUCACUUUCUCUUUCUUUUUUAAAGAGAUAAAAUAAUUUUUUAUUGUGUUCAAUCAGCUUGAUAUAAAUUUGAAUUGAAAUAAGAGACUGAAUUGUACAUCAGACAUGAAGUUCAUACCAACCUAAUGGAAAAGAACUUAUAAAAUAUAAUGUGUACAAAUACUGUACAGGUACAGUGCAUAUCUGCAUUGAUUCAUCAGGAAUCUGUUGUGGUAAGUACUUGGUUACUCAAUCAACUUAAUAUGAAUAACUUGAAUUGGAAUAUUUUAGAUAUCAGUGUAACUAAAACCAUCUUUCUUGUAGUGGGCCAAUGAUAGUUUGUUGGUGUUCUGUUGUUAUCACACAUACAGCACUUAUUGUAAUAAUUUUUUAUGAAGGCAUUAGGCCUAUGUCAUAGAGUAUUGAUCUGUCCAGUUGUCUCUUAAUGGUGGAGACCUGACCACCCAGUACCUCCUCAGGUAAACUAUUCCAUGCAUCCACAAGACUUUACAGAAUCCUGUCUAAACCUUAUCUUCAGGUACCUUAAUACCUCUCCACUCACAAAAAUACAUUGUUAAUAUUACAGCUUGUUGUUAAUAACAGAUUGUUCUUGGAAACCUUUUUUAGAAAAUACAGUAAUCUUUCUUUUUAUGUAGCUAGAAUGGUACAAUACAGAAACUACAGUACGUACUGUAUAAAAUUGCAUCAAUUAAUUCCAACUUUUUAAAACAUAAAAAUUAUGAUAUGUUAAAAACAUAUGCAUUUGUCUUUAAAAUCUCUACAGUAAAUACUAUACAGUACUUUAAUGUGUCUGCAGCUAGAAUUAUACCAUACAGUGCUGUAAAAGGAAGUCCUAUAGUGUUUCUGAAAAUAUGGUUCAUAUUACUUCAAAUUUCUCUUUAUAAAGCAAUCCAAAAACCAUGUUAAAACACAGGCAACAAAUACAACCGCAAAGUAGUUCUAGCCAGCAAAUUUUUUUUUCAUCCAAACACGUGUGUAUGUUAAUAGAAAUUUAUAUUCAGAUUUGUAAUCAGACUACAAUAUAGCAGUUAAGGUGAGAAAUAUCCUUUUCAGUGUAUCUGUGCUGAGUUCUACAUGGUUUUAGAAGAGGAUUCAGUGUGUCAAGCAAGACAUAUAUUAUAAGGAAUACUGUUUUUCAGUAAUGUACUACGUACAUUAUAGAUAAUGAAUAUUUUAUCUCGGUGUGAAUCAAAUGAUCUAAGUAUACAGUAUAAAUGUUAUAUAGGGGUAAAUCUAAUUAUCAUAGAUAUUCAUUGUAUGUGUGGUACUGUACUGUAUUUUUGCAUGCAUAAUGCAGUACAGGUAUUUCUAAUAUUAUCACUGGAUGCACUUUUUGAUGUCUCUUGUACAAUAAAAAAUUUCAAAAUAAUGCUUAAACAGACAUAUGUGCUCGAAUUAUAGUACAGGUUACUGAAUAAUUAAGUGCUAUGCCAGACAUCAGUGUGUAGUUUCAGGAUAAUAAUUUGAAAAGAGUUACCAGUUGUUUGAGAGGAAUUUGACUGCAGCAAAGAUACAAGUUUGAAAUGUUGAAAAUUAGUUAGGUGUGAAGUGGGAGUACAGUAUUGUAUAAUGAGGUGGAAGAUGACAGUGAAGUAUGCACAUGAGUGGUUAAGGGGCCCAGUGACCAGUUUCCUGCUUCAUCUGAUGUGUACAGGAGGAACAGCUGUACACAAAGAAGAGCUCAUAAAAAGUUGUAACAUUUUAAGUAACAACAGAGAUCUGACUUUGAGUUCUGACAUGUAAGUCAAAAGCAUGAUACUAUUUUGCAUUUUAAGAUUUAAACUGACAAGUCAAAAUAAUUGGAACAUAAGAGUGACAAACUUCCUAUUUCUUAUCCACAAAACAUAUUGCAGCUACUCUAUAUUUUCUUCUGUACAGUACACUACUCUGUAGAUGUAAAAUGGGCAAGAUUAAUAAGUUAUAAAACUUAUUGUUCUGCUUUUAUGGACUCUCCACUGCCUUUUUCAAUAUGAUAUUCUAUAUUAAAAUCACUGACAUGUUGACUGUCUCUGAAUGGUUGGUGCCAAAAGUGAAACUGUCUGAUUUAUAUAUAUAUAUAUAUAUAUAUAUAUAUAUAUAUAUAUAUAUAUAUAUAUAUAUAUAUAUAUAUAUAUAUAUAUAUAUAUAUAUAUAUAUAUAUAUAUAUAUAUAUAUAUAUAUAUAUGCAAGUAAAUCACUGUAUUAUAACAUACAUAUAUUUUCAUAUAUUGUUUUAUUUACUAACUUAUAAUGUUAAGGUGAAUUUCCAUGUUAGUUUUAUCAUGAAUUCAAUGAAACCCGAAAAUAUUACAAAUAAAUAUUAUGUGAAA